AAUUUCAUGAAUUAUGUGAUGAUAUAUCUAAUACUGUUACGUUUUUUAAAGUAAAAGGGGAGAAUGAAAUUAUUGGCGGAUAUAAUCCUUUAAAAUGGAUGUCUUCUGAUGGAUCUUGGCAUAAAACUGAUGAAAGUUUUAUUUUUUCUUUUAAAAAUAAGGAUAUUAAUAAUGCAAUAAUUAGUGAUAUAGAAGAAACAAAUUGUGGCUUUUAUAAUGGCUUUCAAUAUGGUCCAUCCUUUGGCAAUGAUAUUAAUAUAUUUAAUUCUAACGAUCAAUUUGCAGAUUAUAAUAAUAUUAGUUAUUCGAAGCAACAUUAUAAAAAGAAGAUAAGAGAUUCUAGAGAAAUCGAAAUUAUAAACUAAUUUUUCUUUUUUUUUUACAUUACUGAAAUAAUUCCAUAGUUCCGUAGCUUGUAUUACGUUUAAUACUCG